CCAAUGUCAUCACCUAGGCAACUGGACGCUUAUGCCACUGCCCUGCCACUGCAAGCCACAGGGCCUCCAGCACCUCUGCCCAAGUCUACGGACCCACCCAGGGCCCAGGCUCAGCCAAGAAUGAGCAACGGCGUCGGGGAGAUGGCCCAGUCCUCUUCCUCCUCCUCUUCCUCCUCCACCUUCGAGCACCUGUGGAGUUCUCUGGAGCCAGACAGUACCUACUUUGACCUUCCCCAGCCCAGCCAAGGGAAUAGCGAGGCAACGGGCAGCGAGGAGUCCAACAUGGAUGUCUUCCACCUGCAAGGCAUGACCUCCUCCGUCAUGGCCCAGUUCAAUUUGCUCAGCAGCGCCAUGGACCAGAUGGGCAGCCGCGCGGCCCCGGCCAGCCCCUACACCCCGGAGCACGCCGCCAGCGCACCCACCCACUCGCCCUACGCGCAGCCCAGCUCCACCUUCGACACCAUGUCUCCAGCGCCUGUCAUCCCUUCCAACACCGACUACCCUGGUCCCCACCACUUCGAGGUCACCUUCCAGCAGUCGAGCACAGCCAAGUCGGCCACCUGGACAUACUCCCCACUUUUGAAGAAGUUGUACUGUCAGAUUGCCAAGACGUGCCCCAUCCAGAUCAAAGUGUCCACACCACCACCUCCGGGCACGGCCAUCCGGGCCAUGCCCGUCUACAAGAAGGCAGAGCACGUGACCGACAUUGUUAAGCGCUGUCCCAACCACGAGCUUGGAAGGGACUUCAAUGAAGGACAGUCUGCUCCGGCUAGUCACCUCAUCCGUGUGGAAGGCAACAACCUCUCCCAGUAUGUGGAUGACCCUGUCACCGGCAGGCAGAGUGUGGUUGUGCCAUAUGAACCCCCACAGGUGGGAACAGAAUUCACCACCAUCUUGUACAACUUCAUGUGUAACAGCAGCUGCGUAGGGGGCAUGAAUCGGAGACCCAUCCUCGUCAUCAUCACCCUGGAGACCCGGGAUGGACAGGUACUGGGCCGGCGGUCUUUCGAGGGUCGCAUCUGUGCCUGUCCUGGCCGUGACCGAAAGGCCGAUGAAGACCAUUACCGGGAGCAACAGGCUCUGAAUGAAAGCACCACCAAGAACGGGACUGCCAGCAAACGUGCGUUCAAGCAGAGCCCCCCUGCCAUCCCUGCCCUGGGUACCAACGUGAAGAAGAGACGCCACGGCGACGAGGACAUGUUCUACAUGCAUGUUCGAGGCCGGGAGAACUUUGAGAUCUUGAUGAAAGUCAAGGAGAGCCUAGAGCUGAUGGAGCUUGUGCCGCAGCCUUUGGUUGACUCCUACCGACAGCAACAGCAGCAGCAGCUCCUACAGAGGCCGAGUCACCUGCAGCCUCCCUCCUAUGGGCCCGUGCUGUCCCCAAUGAACAAGGUACACGGUGGUGUCAACAAACUGCCCUCUGUCAACCAGCUGGUAGGCCAGCCUCCCCCACACAGCUCUGCAGCUGGGCCCAACCUGGGGCCCAUGGGUUCCGGGAUACUCAACAGCCACAGCCACAGCAUGCCAGCCAAUGGAGAGAUGAAUGGAGGCCACAGCUCCCAGACCAUGGUUUCCGGAUCCCACUGCACCCCGCCACCCCCGUACCAUGCCGACCCCAGCCUUGUCAGUUUUUUGACAGGGUUGGGGUGUCCGAACUGUAUCGAGUGCUUCACUUCCCAAGGGUUACAGAGCAUCUACCACCUGCAGAACCUCACCAUCGAGGACCUUGGGGCCCUGAAGAUCCCUGACCAGUACCGUAUGACCAUCUGGAGGGGCCUACAGGACCUGAAGCAGAGCCAUGACUGCGGUCAGCAGCUUCUACGCUCCAGCAGCAACGCGGCCACCAUCUCCAUCGGCGGCUCUGGCGAGCUGCAGCGGCAGCGGGUGAUGGAAGCCGUGCAUUUCCGCGUGCGUCACACCAUCACGAUCCCCAACCGCGGAGGCGCCGGUGGUGUGACGGGCCCCGACGAGUGGGCAGACUUUGGCUUUGACCUGCCUGACUGCAAGUCCCGUAAGCAGCCCAUCAAAGAGGAGUUCACAGAGACAGAGAGCCACUGAGGGGAAAGUCAUACCUUCUCCUUCCUGCCUUCCUCUGUGAGAAACUGCCCUUGGAAGCGGGACCCCUCUGUUGUGCCUACGGAAACAGCAAGGGCCUUCUGCCAGACGCCAUUCCUGAAGGGAAGUCGCUCAUGAACUAAGUCCUCCCAGGAAACUUCUGGAGCUGCCCUUAACUACACGUACACAAGGGCAGGUUGUGGGCCAAGUGCUUAGACAGGGACUGUCCCUUUGUGGGUAGGUACACCAUACCCAUUCCCUCCUCCCCUCUAUUGAGGACUCUGCCAACUCCAGGACAGAGCAGCAUCCUUCGCCCGCUAACCCUCUGCCACAAAGUAUUCCAGCGUCUUCUGUUCCCGCUAGCCACACGCAGCCAGCCGGGCCUCCUGUCUUCUGCACUUUACGUGCGGGUUGAUUCCACUGUGUCUUGAAGGUGAAGUCAGGGCCGGAGACAUCCUCUGCAGGAGGUGGGGACACAUCUGUCCCUCAUGUAGGUUAUUCCACCGUUCCUCCCUGUCUCCCGAGGCUUGGUUGCUGGGGUUAGAGAAGGCUAGACUGUGGCAGAGCAGAGGAAGAGGCUGGCCUCAAGCCUCCAGCCAGCACCCUGAACAUGCUGGCCACAGCAGCCUCUAUGAUGCUCUCCCCCGGCAGGCAGAGGGACAGAAUGAGUCUCAGAGGACUGAAAAUUGAAUUGUCAAUAUUUGAUAAAAAACAAAAACAAACAAACAAACAAACAAAAAGUCACUCUUCUACCUGGUGGGUCAGCUUGCUUUUUGCCCCCCUCUGGCCUUUUCAGCAUUUCCUUCUGAGAUCAACCUAGCGUGUCCACCACACAAGCUUCUCAACAAGUCUUUAAAAAGAAAAAAGAGUGUCAAGCCAGGAAGGGUUGGAUGGGAGUGCGGGUUAGACCCCAGCUGUGAGGAACAUCGGUUCUGCCCUCACUAAGUGUUCAGAGUCUAGGCUCUGUGCCCGAGUGCCAGUCCAUCCUCGUGGGCUGGAACUGGGGUGACUGCUGGAGGCCCUGGUCUUCCUAUGCACCCCCCAAGGAGUCAGUAGACUUGAGAGAGAGCUCCUUUGUGCACUCAGCCACUGAGGCCCUGUACCUGCCAGAAACUCUGUGAACUUCUACAAUGAGAGCCCCCAGCAGUCGCUGCUAGGAGUAGAAGGAGCUCUUGCCUCAGGAAAGCCCAACUGUCUGCUGAGGUUCUGUGGAGCCGUUUCUCUUAGGCCUGGCUCUCAUUAGCAUGGCCCGACAGCUGCAGUGAAGGCCGUGGACUGGUCACAGAGUCAGCACUACCAGGACUGGCUUCAGACCAGGGCUGCCUCCUAGAAGCACAGGAGCAAAUGUCGCCAACCUUAUCAAGCUCUGCAAAGUUAGGUGGCUACCACCCACACCGUGCUUCAUGAGUCUCUGAGGGGCAGGAUUCGGGUGCACUUAGGGUUGGUGCAAACAUCACGUUGCCAGAGACCAGGGCCUGCCAUGCGGGCCCUUCCAACUUGUCAGCUUAGCCUCUGGGGGUCUUGUACCCAGAAGGGCCAUAACAGCUGCAGCAUCAGGUUUAGAGCUUCCAGGGUGCAGGGCGUGGCCAUCCCAGUAAGCGGUGACACACCUCACAGAGCCUGAGGUUGAACACAUGCUUGUUGAUGAGGAUGAGGAAGCUGAGGCUGGAUGGAACUGAGUUCCCCGCUGCAGGCAUCAGCUCACGGCAGAGGCAUGUUCUCACUCCUGAGGUACACGCUGCCCCAUGCUACCUCAGGGACUAGGCAGCACGUGCUCACUCCUAGGCCUGUGAGCCCCACUGUGAGACGUGCUUGAGUUCUGGGGUGUCACGUACAUAUGCCUCAGGCACUGUCCAGGAGGGGCCAUCCUAAGCGCCCCACCACAUGCUCCUGAAAAGACUUCGGAGGAGUGGCUGUCACCAGGCAUCUGAGGAAUGAAGACCCUAUCUCUGGUGAGGACCCAGGGCUGUGUGUCUCCCCAGACCCCUGCCUCAAGUGCCAAAGCUGUCUCAUGAACUUCUGAGAUCCUGACAGGCCUAGAGGGAACUGCAAAGGGCCAUCUGCCAGGAAACAAAUGUCACAGAGGCAAGGCUUGCUGUGACUGAUUAGCUCUCCUCCGGGAAAUGGCCUUUGGGUCUGAAACAAACUUUGCUCUGCAAAAGACAGAAAGCAAGAGGAAGAAAUUUUCCAGUCACCAGGUUUCCCAGGAGCACUGAAGUGCUAGUCUGGAAGCGAGUUUGGGGGUGGCCUGGAACACAUCUGUUCAGCAAGGGCAGGUACCUCAAGGCUCUACAAGCCACUCCAGCCUCAGCCUGUAUGGUCCCAGGGAGCUUUGAGCAUCCAGUUAACAUCAGCUCCCAUGCCCCUUCCCGGCCCUGCUGACCAUGCCUUGGGCUGCUUUGAGCUUUGAGCUUACAACACCAGUACCUGUUCCCUGGGCAAGAACCCUGUGAGGGUCAACAGUUGCUACUUAGAACAGCAUUUCAGACUGGAGGCAAAAACCAAGACCAAACUGUCCACGUUUCAAUGGAUGAAAUGCUUCUCCAAGCAGUAUUGAUGGAUACAGUCCAAUGACUCUAUGAACUGUUUUGGGUGAUGUCAUCUUAGGAAAAAAAAUGUGUUAUUUUUUUAGCUGUGUUUCAGUGGGAUUUUUUGUUUUUGUAAUAUAAUAAAAAUCACAUGUUCCCACGG